AUGUCUGUUGAAUCAAUUAGGACAAUAUCACCUACGACAAAUCAGCCAGUAUGCACAAGACCUGGCAUCUCCCCCGCGGAUCUUCAACAGCUCCCAGCUGCCGCUUCGGAAGCAUUUCUAUCUUUCCGGAAGACUUCAUUAGCAGAGAGGCAAGCAAUUGUCAAGAAGGCCCUAAAGCUUCUGAGCGAUAAACAGGAUGUUCUAGCAAAGGAGCUCACAGAGCAAAUGGGACGCCCUAUUGCUUAUACUGGGGUAGAGAUUGCGACAGCUGUCAAAAGAGGCGAAUACCUCGUAAAGAUAAGUGGCGAUGCCUUGAAAGACACAGACGGGGAGCCUGAGAAAGGAUUUAAAAGAUUUAUCCGUAAGGUGCCUGUUGGUCCGGUUCUGGUGCUCUUCGCCUGGAAUUAUCCCUACCUAAUUCUAGUAAACUCGCUCAUACCUGCAAUCCUUGCUGGCAAUUCAGUUAUAUUGAAACCGUCACCACAAACACCGACCAUUGUCGAACAUAUCUCCUCCGUAUUUACUGAAGCCGGCCUUCCCAAGAACGUCAUACAAUAUUUCCAUUCCGGCUCGCUGGUCGCGAUUGAGUCCAUUAUUCAAGAUCCGAACAUAUCUUUGAUAUGUUUUACUGGUUCUGUUGCAGGAGGCUUAGCGGUCCAAAAGUCUGCUUCGGAGAGAAUAAUAAACGUCGGCUUGGAACUUGGAGGUAAGGAUCCAGCAUACGUUCGAUCCGAUGUCGAUGUGGCAUGGGCCGCAGAGGAAAUUGUUGACGGUGCCGUCUUCAACUCCGGACAAAGCUGUUGCAGUAUUGAGCGGGUGUAUGUCGAUGAGAAAAUCCAUGAUCAGUUUGUGGAACAGCUACAGAGGGUAUUGAAAGGGUAUAAACUUGGUAACCCAUUUGAUAAGGAGACCCAAGUUGGCCCUGUCAUCUCAAGAAGGUCGCAAGCAACGAUCGAGGCACAUAUUCAAGAUGCACUAGAUAAGGGGGCCGUCGAUGCCACUCCAGAUAACGAAUCAUUCAAGUCUCCCCCACCGGAUGGCAAUUUUGUCAAGCCAACACUUGUUACCAAUGUGGACCACUCUAUGUUAGUUAUGACAGAAGAAACGUUCGGUCCAGUUAUUCCGGUCAUGAAGGUCAAGAGUGAUGAUGAGGCGGUCAAACUCAUGAAUGAUAGUCAAUUCGGCCUAACUGCAUCUAUUUGGACGAAAGACACAGAAAAGGGGGCGGAACUCGCCGAAUCUGUAGAGGCUGGAACCGUCUUCGUGAACAGAUGCGACUUCCCAAGUCCGGAUCUCGCAUGGACUGGCUGGAAGAACUCCGGAAAAGGAGCCACCUUGAGCAGAUUCGGAUUUGACCAAUUUGUAAAGCUAAAGAGCUUCCACUUAACGGAUUAUCCCAAAUAA